AUGACGGCCUUGUCAGACGAAUCGUUCUGGCAGUCGCUUGCGCUGGAGCCUGGAGCUCAGGCGACGCAGUGCCGAGAGGAGAUUGCGAAGGAGCUUCUUACGCCUACGCAUGUGCCCGAGCCAGAAUGGAUGCUUCAUGCUCAGCAACAUUGGCCUCGUCCCACUUCAUACGAAUCGAUGCUGGCCUUGGAUCCAUCGCCUAGCGCUACAUCUUUGCAGUUUGUGCGCUCUGGUAUGGAAGGCCGAGUGAUUGGCUACCGCGAAAUGGUCUCUGCUGCUUCGCUGCAUGACGUGGACAUGCCGACCAUGUCGAUGCAGCGUCCCAUCGCAUCACGCCAGAGCUUUGUGCGUGGCUCGACGUCCUCCAUGCCAUUUCGACCUGGUGGUCUGGAUGACGUGACCGUCCCCUUCAGUGAGACGGCGGCGCCUAGCACGUCCAUUCGCUCGAUCCCCCCUGGGUUCAUGCGCGGCUUGCAGGCGGACGACGCCUCGUUGGUUGAUACCAGUGUGCCGAUAUGGCAAGAGCGUGUCGUACAAACCGCACCUACCAGUGUUGAUCGAACUGUGAUUACCGUCGACAAGGAUGGGCUGUACAGAGUGCCGGACGCUGCGCCGACGGCCAAGAACGACGAUGCGGUGGUGGACGAGCUGCUACCGGAAGUAUCGCUGCCUCGUAUGUUCCAAGGUAUGGUGACGGCUGCGCCGGAAGAACGCCGUGAGUGGGCGCACAUGGUCGACGCGUCCAAGCAGAUGACCAACUUUCAUGAACUGGUGCCGACUAUGGCCCAUGAGUACCCCUUCGAGCUCGAUACGUUCCAAAAGCAGGCCGUGUACCAUUUGGAACGCAGCGAAUCUGUGUUUGUGGCCGCCCACACCUCGGCUGGUAAGACCGUGGUGGCCGAGUAUGCGAUUGCCUUGGCCAUGAAACACAUGACACGCUGCAUCUAUACGUCGCCUAUCAAGGCGCUUUCGAACCAAAAGUUCCGCGAGUUCAAGCAGACGUUCGGUGCGGAGAACGUGGGUAUUCUUACUGGCGAUGUGCAAAUCAACCCUGAAGCGGCCUGCUUGAUCAUGACCACUGAAAUUUUACGCAGCAUGCUGUACCGCGGCGCCGAUUUGAUUCGUGAUGUGGAGUUUGUCAUAUUCGACGAAGUGCACUAUGUCAACGACCAGGAGCGUGGCGUCGUAUGGGAAGAAGUGAUUAUUCUUCUUCCGCAGCAUGUGAACAUUGUCCUGCUCUCGGCUACGGUACCCAACACGAAAGAGUUUGCGGAUUGGGUCGGCCGUACGAAGCGGAAAGACGUCUAUGUGAUCUCGACGCCCAAACGUCCUGUGCCGCUCGAGCAUUUCUUGUAUGCUGGCAAAGAGCUCUACAAGAUCGUCGAUGCCAAUGGCCGUUUCUUGUCGAAGGGCGUGCAUGAUGCCUCCGAUGCCCUCAAGUCGAAGCAGGAGCGCGAAGCUGAGUCUGUGGCUGGUCAUGGUGGCGCCGCUCGCGGAGGCGCCGCUGGCCGUGGUGCCGCGCGUGGGGCGGGACGAGGUGCUACAGGCCGUGGUGGCGCAGGUCGCGGGGCGUCUCGUGGUGGUGGUGGCGGCACCGUGGCACGUCGUAGCGGUAUGGCGACGGACAAAUCGUUGUGGGUCCAUCUGAUCGGUCUGCUUCGGAAGCAAAGUUUGCUGCCGGUCGUCGUGUUUGUGUUCUCCAAGCGUAAGUGCGAGGAGUAUGCCGACUCGCUUCCCAACACAGAUCUAUGCAAUGCCAGUGAAAAGAGUGAAGUGCACAUCGUGAUUGAGCGCAGUCUCACGCGACUCAAGGAGCUUGAUCGUGCGCUACCGCAGAUUACACGGAUGCGCGACCUGCUAAGCCGGGGAAUCGGUGUGCACCACAGUGGUCUGCUUCCCAUUGUCAAGGAGAUGGUCGAGCUGCUCUUCCAGCGCGGCCUGGUCAAAGUCUUGUUUGCGACCGAAACGUUUGCGAUGGGCGUGAAUAUGCCUGCUCGCUCGGUCGUCUUUUCUGGCCUGCGCAAACACGAUGGCCAAAACUUCCGAUACCUGUUGCCGGGCGAGUACACGCAAAUGUCCGGUCGUGCUGGCCGUCGAGGUUUGGACGAAACGGGUGUUGUGAUUAUCGUCUCUGAAGAUCCGGACGUUCACAUCCUCAAUCGCAUGAUUCUGGGGCAAUCGACGAAGCUCAAGUCACAAUUCCGUAUUACGUACAGCAUGAUCCUGAACUUGCUGCGUGUCGAAGCACUUAAGGUGGAAGAAAUGAUCAAGCGGUCGUUCUCUGAGAACGCGACGCAACGUUUGCUCCCAGAGCAACAAAAGACUCUGCAAGCACUGCAAAAGAAGGUGGCUGCUAUGGAGCCUGAGUUUGCUAGCUGUGCUAUCCCGAUCGAUGCUAUGGAGUCCCUGUACGACCUGUCGUACGAUGCGGUGCGUUUGAACGAUACCCUGCUAUCCCUUGCGUACCAUCAUUCCCAGGGCGUCAAGAACCUCGCACCGGGCCGCGUCGUGUUGCUGCGUAUGGGCGUGCAAGGCUUUGCGCCUGCAUUCAUUGUGCGUCCUGUGACAGGCGCACGUUUCCUCGUGCUUGCCGCCCUGACGCCGGGCCAGAAACAAGCUCGUCGGAAGGACGAUACGAUGCCUGUGUGGAUUUCGCCCGUGCUGGCGUCGCAGCUGCGGACCGACGAAUGGCAGCCGGAGACGAUGGAGGUGUCACUGAGUAAAAUUGCGUUGGUCACCUCGUUUAUCGAGUCCAUUCCCGCCGCCUCCAUUCAGUCGCGGCGCCCGUCUGCAUUGCGUCGUGGCAUAGAACUGCUUCGUCCUUCUAUUGAGCAGAUCUCCGAGCACCUAACGAAGGCUGGCGACAAUGCUGCGUUGGCCGUCGUGGAUCUUGAAGUGGAUUGGGCCCGCUUGCGUCGCUUGGACUUCCAUGAUGCACGCAAAGAGCGCAAUAUGGCGUUAGAGUCAUUGAUUACUGUGCAAGGUAUUAUGACGCACGACGACUUUGUGCGGGAGUUUAGGCUGAUGCACAAACGCAAGUCGCUCACUCGCGAAAUGACACGAGUCAGUGCGCUGCUCUCCAACGAAAACCUCGAGCUGCUACCCGACUACCACCAGCGUAUUGACGUGCUGAAAGCGCUGCGGUUCAUCGAUCCCGACUCGGAAACUGUCUUGCUCAAGGGCCGCGUGGCCUGUGAAAUCAAGAGCGCCAACGAGUUGAUUCUCACCGAGCUGAUUCUCGACAACACUUUUGUCGAGUAUGCACCCGAAGACAUUGCCGCAUUGCUUAGCGUGUUCCACUUCAAGGACAAGACAACGAUCGAGCCGGCUCUCACUGAGACGCAAAAAGAAGGCUAUGCGCGCAUCCUAGACGCCGCUGAUCGCGUAGCCGCCGUCCAGACGGCGCACCAACUUAAUUCGGAAGACGAUGCGUCGACCAUGCGCACUGGCCUUAUGGAAGUCGUGUAUCAGUGGGCGAAGGGCAUGCACUUCCACGAGAUUAUGAAGCUCACAGAUGUGGGCGAAGGCACGAUUGUCCGCUGCAUCACGCGACUUGAUGAAACGUUCCGCGAAGUACGCGAUGCCUCUCGUGUGAUUGGUGAUUUGGACCUAUUCCAGAAAAUGGAACAGUGUCAGCAGCUCAUCCGUCGUGACAUUGUUUUUGCGGCGAGUCUCUAUUUCUAG